UCUUUCCUGAACCCUCUCAACUUCUUCCUCUUUCUGUCAUUUCCAGGUUUCCACUUGGUCACUGCAGACACUAUGCUCUCUCUCAGCUCUCUCCCCAGCACCGUUGUCCCCAGCCUUCCCUCCUCUCCAGGGGGCUGUGCUACUGGAGGACCGAGGGCACAGUCCUCCAGACAGGAGGUGGCGCUGUUCCAGACCCUGCAGGAGGCUCUGAGGGAGAUCGACCUGCCUGAAACACAGGACCUGCCACAGGGUAUGAGUCACUCUGAGAUGUGCAUCUGUGUUUUGGGAUCCCCACUCCCCUACCUCUCUCUGCUGUUAGAGGCAGGCCAACGGAGCCCAGGAGAUGCUCUCCUGUGUCUCUGUCCAUCCUGGCUCUCUCGCUCCUCCUCCCUCCUGGUCCACAAGGCUGUCACCUUUGACCUGGGAGGGCGCACUUUCCUAUCCAACUUCAACCCGCCUCGCAGGGUCACCUACUUCCUGUCAUCUGACCCGUGGGCUAAGGAGGAAAUGACCCGAGAGACAGACUGCCCAAGCGGAGGUUCUGGAGCACUGAGUCAGUUCUGGGGGAAUGUUCUGACCACCAGGGUUCUGCUGCAGAAGGCCAAGAUCCACUGCCCCCCAACCCUGGCCCUUCUGUUACCACCGGGGCAGAUGAGGCUGGAGGAGGGCAGGACAGGAGGGGUGGAGGUGGUGCACCUGGAAAUGGGAGCGGAGGAAAGGAUGAACUCUGUCAGAAACAAGGUGGACACUUUCCUGGAGUCUGAGAAUAUGAGGGGAUCAGAGAGGGUGGUGCUCAGGUGCAGUGGGGGGGGGUUCGUGGGCGAGGCAACCUCACCCCCCGUCUACCUGUCGAGGAACAGCAGGGAUGAGGUCUGGGCCAAGGUGAGUUAUCUCCUGCCCCAACUCCUCCCUGGAGAGGCAGUGCUGCUCGAGGCCUACUGCUCCCCACUGAAGCCUGGGCCACGGGUAGAGGACCGCACCUGGGAACAGUACACCGACUGCAGGCCUCAGGUUCCAGACCUGUCCUUCAGACUGUGUGCCAUUGUAACUCGCUCACCUCUGGACCUGCCUCUCCUCUACAAGUUGGUGUGUAGAGUGGGUGUGUCCGAUGACCCUCUCUCUCACAGCCACUCCCUCUCUCAGUCUUUGGAGACCACCCUAUUAGAGUGCGGUUUCACUGACCCUACCAUGGCGAAAUCUCUCUGCCGUCUAGCACUGGACACCGCCCUGUCCUGCCUCUGUGUUGUCAUGGAAACAGAGUCAAGCAUGUCCGCAGAACAACGCGGUGGAGCGGGUGCCCAGACCGACAUGAUAGGCGUGGACCUCCUUUUCACCAUGGAUGGCUCCAUCAUCAGGCCUGUUAUUUUGGGCCUCCAUCCCUCCCUCUGUCUCCACUCCUCCUUCCAAGAGCGAGGGAUGGGGAUGGAGGGAUGCAACAGUGGGAUAGAGGGGUGGAGUAGGGGCACCCUCCUCCUCACCCCUCUCACCCGCUCCCAGUACUACCUGAUGCAGGGGAAAACUGUGCUGGUGGUGGGAGCUGGAGGACACAGUAAGAAGUUCAUCUGGAAAACAGCCAAACAGUACAAACUCAAGAUCCUGCUGGUGGACAGUGACCCUGCCCACUUCGCCUCCCAGUUGGUCGACCACUUCCUCCCCCUGCCAGACCUCCCCGACCAUCGGCGUGAUGACCAGCACUGCUCCCGCAUCUGUGAUUGGCUGUUGUCCUCCAGCCUCCGCCCUGACGGCUGCGUGUGCUUCUGGGACGAAUGCGUGGUGCUGACAUCGCUGGUCUGUGAUAGGCUGGGGCUCAGGGGCCCUCCCCCUGAGGCCAUCCGCAUUGCGAAGGAGAAGAGCCGCACCCACAGGCACCUCCUGGGCCUACUGAAGUCUACGGGGACUAACCUGAUCAGUGUUGAGCAGCCCUCCGGUCAGCCAGAUAGCCUGGUUGAGUUUGGAGAGGAUGAGAGGAGAGGUAAACAGCAGAAUGGCAUGGUCAACAUGGAAGGAGAUAGCCUGAGAGCUAUGGCUGAUUUCGACAGGGGGGAUCUCUUCAAUGAGGCAAUGGGCAAACACGACACUACCGCCCCUACCUCUUCCUCCCCCUCACUCUCCUCUUCCUCCUCACAUUCCUUUGGCACUUUCCGUCCCUCCACUCCUCUCCUCUCUCCCUCCCCUUCCUCCUAUGCUGUUCCCUGUAUCCACGUGGAGAGCACCCUGGAUCUGGAGAAGGCAGCCAGUGGGGGGGAGGGGGGGCCUGGUGGGGCCAGUGUGGGGGUGGUGAGGUUCCCAGCGGUGAUGAAGCUGGAGUACGGCGCGGGGGCGGUGGGCGUGAGGAAGGUAUGCUCUCUGGAGGAAAGUCUGGCACACUUUGAGAGGAUCGGCGGGGACCUCCGCGAGGAGACAGACUACCCUGGCAUCGGCCUGGGCUGGGGCAACGCCAUGAUCCUCAUGGAGUACGUGGGAGGCACCGAGCACGACGUGGACGUGAUCCUGUUCGAGGGGAGACUGGAGGGUGCCUUUGUGUCCGACAACGGCCCCACGCACCCGGCCUUCACCGAGACGGCCGCCCAGAUGCCCUCAGGGCUAGCGCAGGACAAGCGUGCUCAGCUGAUCCGCGCAGCACAUCACGCAUGCCUGGGCUGUGGCCUGCGAGACGGUGUGUUCAACGUGGAGCUGAAGAUGACAGAAGUGGGCCCGAGGCUCAUAGAGAUCAACGCCCGCAUGGGCGGCUUCUACCUGUGCGACUGGAUCCGCCAGCUGUAUGGCGUGGACCUCCUGAUGGCGGCCUUCAUGGUGUCCUGUGGGGUGCGUCCCUGCCUGCCCUCGGCCACAGCCCUCCCAGCCAGAGGCCACUUUGCUGGGGUGAUGGUGGUGGUGUCACGGCACCUCCAUGCCCUGAGGACCACAGCCAGCCCUGAGCGCCUGAGAGGGCUCCACCAGGAGGGGGCGUUGUGGCUGAAUGAGCUGGCGGAGGAGGAUGAACUGAUCUCUGGUGAGUACGAGGAGCCCUUCUGUAAUGUCGGGGUGAGAGAUGCCCACAAUGCCACCAACGCUCGCCAGCGCCUCCUCGCCCUCUGUCAAGGGCUGGGCCUGCACUGUCCUCCACGCUACGACCUGGACUACUUCCUGUCCCAUUUCAACUAGACAGGAACUCAGGGGGGAGAAGCAGGGUUUGUUCAGGAGGGUGCCACAUUUACAUUUGAAUCACAGAUCAAAAUAAUACAAAGAGCUGAAACGAUUCCUUACUCUGCAGAAUUAUAUAUAUUAUAUUCCUGCCUGAAUGGUUGUUCAUUAAAUUGGACCCUUCUGAAUAGAACCCAUGUUUAGCAAGGUUGUGCUGUGUGCAGGGGUUAGUUUAGUUAGCUUAAAAGGUACAUCACAGGAUGAACAAACACUUCUCAUAUCAAAACAUAAUAUGUUAUCUCAAAAUUGCAAAUUCAGGGACUAAUCAUUCAGGUAGCAGAACCUUUCCAUUUUUAGCACUUAUAUUUUGGGGACCAUCUCAUGAAUAAAAUACAAGUUUCGAAAAGAUAUCUUCAUCAGUGAUUGGGUAGAAUAGGAUAUCGGUGUCUAUCUAUCUUGAAUUUAACAUUCAAAUAUGGAAAAACUUAUGGAAAAGCUUCUACUUUUCAGUUUAUUGACAAGUCAUAAAAUAAAUAGAGGCCCUUUGUCCAAUUAUUGAAUUGGAAUUUCAGUUUACUUCCUGAAUUGACAGCCUUCAUUUCAAAUCAACCCCAACCCUGUUAUCUACUAGGUUGUGGCAUCAGCAGUCUACCUUACUACAUCAUAACGUAGUAGGCUGCACACUGUGAACACAGCAGUUGUUAAUAACCUGCACACUGUGAACACAUAGCAGUUGAUUAAUAACCUGCAAACUGUGAACACAGCAGUUGAUUAAUAACCUGCACACUGGACACAGCAGUUGAUUAAUAACCUGCACACUGGACACAGCAGUUGAUUAAUAACCUGCACACUGUGAACACAUAGCAGUUGUUAAUAACAUAUACACUGUGAACACAUAACAGUUGAUUAAUAACCUGCAAACUGUGAACACAGCAGUUGUUAAUAACCUGCACACUGUGAACACAUAGCAGUUGUUAAUAACAUAUACACUGUGAACACAUAACAGUUGAUUAAUAACCUGCAAACUGUGAACACAGCAGUUGUUAAUAACCUGCACACUGUGAACACAUAGCAGUUGAUUAAUAACCUGCACACUGUGAACACAUAGCAGUUGUUAAUAACCUGCACACUGUGAACACAUAGCAGUUGAUUAAUAACCUGCAAACUGUGAACACAGCAGUUGAUUAAUAACCUGCACACUGGACACAGCAGUUGAUUAAUAACCUGCACACUGGACACAGCAGUUGAUUAAUAACCUGCACACUGUGAACACAUAGCAGUUGAUUAAUAACCUGCACACUGUGGACAGAGCAGUUGAUUAAUAACCUGCACACUGUGAACACAUAGCAGUUGAUUAAUAACCUGCACACUGUGGACAGAGCAGUUGAUUAAUAACCUGCACACUGUGAACACAGCAGUUGAUUAAUAACCUCCACACUGUGAACACAUAGCAGUUGAUUAAUAACCUGCACACUGUGGACAGAGCAGUUGAUUAAUAACCUGCACACUGUGAACACAUAGCAGUUGAUUAAUAACCUGCACACUGUGGACAGAGCAGUUGAUUAAUAACCUGCACACUGUGAACACAGCAUUUGAUUAAUAACCUGCACACUGUGGACACAGCAGUUGAUUAAUAACCUGCACACUGUGAACACAUAGCAGUUGUUAAUAACAUACACACUGUGAACACAUAACAGUUGUUAAUAACCUGCACACUGAACACAUAGCAGUUGAUUAAUAACCUGCAAACUGUGAACACAGCAGUUGAUUAAUAACCUGCACACUGGACACAGCAGUUGAUUAAUAACCUGCACACUGGACACAGCAGUUGAUUAAUAACCUGCACACUGUGAACACAUAGCAGUUGUUAAUAACAUAUACACUGUGAACACAUAACAGUUGAUUAAUAACCUGCAAACUGUGAACACAGCAGUUGUUAAUAACCUGCACACUGUGAACACAUAGCAGUUGUUAAUAACAUAUACACUGUGAACACAUAACAGUUGAUUAAUAACCUGCAAACUGUGAACACAGCAGUUGUUAAUAACCUGCACACUGUGAACACAUAGCAGUUGAUUAAUAACCUGCACACUGUGAACACAUAGCAGUUGUUAAUAACCUGCACACUGUGAACACAUAGCAGUUGAUUAAUAACCUGCAAACUGUGAACACAGCAGUUGAUUAAUAACCUGCACACUGGACACAGCAGUUGAUUAAUAACCUGCACACUGGACACAGCAGUUGAUUAAUAACCUGCACACUGUGAACACAUAGCAGUUGAUUAAUAACCUGCACACUGUGAACACAUAGCAGUUGUUAAUAACAUACACACUGUGAACACAUAACAGUUGAUUAAUAACCUGCAAACUGUGAACACAGCAGUUGUUAAUAACCUGCACACUGUGAACACAUAGCAGUUGUUAAUAACAUAUACACUGUGAACACAUAACAGUUGAUUAAUAACCUGCAAACUGUGAACACAGCAGUUGUUAAUAACCUGCACACUGUGAACACAUAGCAGUUGAUUAAUAACCUGCACACUGUGAACACAUAGCAGUUGUUAAUAACCUGCACACUGUGAACACAUAGCAGUUGAUUAAUAACCUGCAAACUGUGAACACAGCAGUUGAUUAAUAACCUGCACACUGGACACAGCAGUUGAUUAAUAACCUGCACACUGGACACAGCAGUUGAUUAAUAACCUGCACACUGUGAACACAUAGCAGUUGAUUAAUAACCUGCACAAUGUGAACACAUAGCAGUUGUUAAUAACAUACACACUGUGAACACAUAACAGUUGAUUAAUAACCUGCAAACUGUGAACACAGCAGUUGUUAAUAACCUGCACACUGUGAACACAUAGCAGUUGAUUAAUAACCUGCACACUGUGAACACAUAGCAGUUGUUAAUAACCUGCACACUGUGAACACAUAGCAGUUGAUUACAUUUACAUUUUGAUUAAUAACCUGCAAACUGUGAACACAGCAGUUGAUUAAUAACCUGCACACUGGACACAGCAGUUGAUUAAUAACCUGCACACUGGACACAGCAGUUGAUUAAUAACCUGCACACUGUGAACACAUAGCAGUUGUUAAUAACAUAUACACUGUGAACACAUAACAGUUGAUUAAUAACCUGCAAACUGUGAACACAGCAGUUGUUAAUAACCUGCACACUGUGAACACAUAGCAGUUGUUAAUAACAUAUACACUGUGAACACAUAACAGUUGAUUAAUAACCUGCAAACUGUGAACACAGCAGUUGUUAAUAACCUGCACACUGUGAACACAUAGCAGUUGAUUAAUAACCUGCAAACUGUGAACACAGCAGUUGAUUAAUAACCUGCACACUGGACACAGCAGUUGAUUAAUAACCUGCACACUGGACACAGCAGUUGAUUAAUAACCUGCACACUGUGAACACAUAGCAGUUGAUUAAUAACCUGCACACUGUGGACAGAGCAGUUGAUUAAUAACCUGCACACUGUGAACACAUAGCAGUUGAUUAAUAACCUGCACACUGUGGACAGAGCAGUUGAUUAAUAACCUGCACACUGUGAACACAUAGCAGUUGAUUAAUAACCUGCACACUGUGGACAGAGCAGUUGAUUAAUAACCUGCACACUGUGAACACAGCAUUUGAUUAAUAACCUGCACACUGUGGACACAGCAGUUGAUUAAUAACCUGCACACUGUGAACACAUAGCAGUUGAUUAAUAACCUGCACACUGUGAACACAUAGCAGUUGUUAAUAACAUACACACUGUGAACACAUAACAGUUGUUAAUAACCUGCACACUGAACACAUAGCAGUUGAUUAAUAACCUGUACACUGUGGACACAUAGCAGUUGAUUAAUAACUUGCACACUGUGAACACAUAGCAGUUGAUUAAUAACCUGUACACUGUGGACACAUAGCAGUUGAUUAAUAACUUGCACACUGUGAACACAUAGCAGUUUAUUAAUAACCUGCACACUGUGAACACGUAGCAGUUGAUUAAUAACCUGCACACUGUGAAGACGUAGCAGUUGAUUAAUACCUUGCACACUUUGAACACGUAGCAGUUGAUUAAUAACCUGCACACUGUGAAGACGUAGCAGUUGAUUAAUACCUUGCACACUGUGAACACGUAGCAGUUGAUUAAUAACCUGCACACUGUGAAGACGUAGCAGUUGAUUAAUACCUUGCACACUGUGGACACAUAGCAGUUGAUUAAUAACCUGCACACUGUAGACACAAGGCAGUGCAGGGUUGGAACAGGUGGGAGGGGGAGUAAUAUUACACAUGCAGUAGGUCAGAGUAUCAUUAGCUAAAUAGUUAUAUGAAGGAAGAGCAGAGGAAAAUUGCAGAUUUUGAGGAAGGGGGUUUGAGGAGAGCAGUGGAAUAGCUGAAACAGGUGGACAGGGGUGGCGAUUGCGGAACCUUUUAACUCUUGGCCCAGAGAUGAUGUAUGCGGGGCCAGUGCGUUUGAACUUUUGGGAAAAUUUAGAAUUUAGGAAUGCAAACUCCCAUACAUGUGAAGUUAGAGGUCAUAUGAAAGUUCAUGUCUUAAUUUAAAAGGUUGAAGUGAAAUGUUGUUCCCCCAAAAAUAACUCGCUAACUAAAAGUGUAUGGAAAUGGGGAUUGAAUUCCACCACAUAUUCACACCAAUUCAGCCCAUGAAACAAAGUGCGUUAUUUUGUAAAUGAGAAAUAAUUUGAGGCAGUUUCACCGUUGCAAACCUCUUGACCCUGGCAGUUAAUGUCUGUAGUGUGGCAUUUGGGGUCUGGUGUCAGACACCCAGUAAGCAGGGUGAAACUGAGAUGCCAUACGUAUCCUGGCCACACCACACAACCCCCCAGACAAGGUUUACCGUGGUCAAAAGGUUGUGGAUUUCCCAUAUUUUCUGUUUCUGACUAUUUGUUUAUGUAUUUCUGAUGUAACAUUUGGGAAAAUAUAGUAAACAUAUAUUUUUUUACCUUUAUUUAACUAAGUAAGUAAAGUAAGAACGACUCUGGGCCAAUAGGGCGCCUCACCAAUCACGGCCAGAUGUGAUACAGCCUGGAUUCUAACUAGAGAUUGUAGUGACACCUCUUGCACUGAGAUGCAGUGCCUUAGACAGCUGCACCACUCGGGAGCCAACACUUCUGGCUUUUACUCAAAAAGGAGGUGUGAGAGGAAAGUUCAAGAAUAAAACAUCCUAUCAAGAUUACAUCAUUAAAACCAAAGAAUAUGUCAAUGACGGUUUCAAUGAUCUGUGCCCUAUUAAACAAACACAAUACCCAGGCCAGCGACCUCCCUAAAAAAAGGGCUCUACUGCAGGUCAGCAUGGGGCAUAUUAGGCUGUGAAAACAAAAUGAUUGACUGCAGCCUCUAUUCAACCACAGCAGUGUGUUGUGGCUCGCCAUUUGCUCUAAACAUGUUGACAAUAAUGUUAGCUCAAUGCUCACACAAACCUAAAUGGCCAGAUGAUAUGUGUUGUUGUUGUUGUACUCAUCGUUCAGCACUUAAAACACCCAGUAAUUCACCUUAUCUUCAGCACCACUCACUAGCGGUGAAUCGAAUGGUCAUCUAUGGCUGCUUCAGGUUAUGGCAAAAGAUGAGCCUGUAGUUCCUCAUUGACAGACCACGAAUCCUGAUCAGGACUUCAGUAGCUAAGCUGCAGAGGAGAACGGAGAGAGAGUGUUUGUAAGAAGCUGCUUACUUAGUUAGAUCAAAGUUUUUAUAUUAUAUUGACAAGAUAGUUGAGUGACCUCUCAAACAAUGGAAAUACAUGUCCUCAAGAUGGAAGGCAAGAUUAGGUGGGACCAUUCUAGGCUGUCUAGAUGGGAUACAAUUUAUGUUAGAAUUGACUUUUCGUAUCAGGUUAGGAGAAUUUACGCAGCAGGUUAGGAGAAUUAGGGUAAGCGUACCUACGAAGCCCACUUCUUUCUUUGGAUUUUUUAUAUUUUUUUAAAUAAAAAUAAAUUUCCUGCUGUUUAAUGAUGCGACUAAUUCAUCUGGUUGUUAUAUCCAUACAUUUUCCGGUUCUAAACCAGUCCCAUGUUUUAUUAUUAAAUGAUUAACAUUGUGUAAGGUCACACUAGUGGCCGAUUUCAAAGUUGCAAAAAAAAACGUUGGUGUUGAAGCAAGGGUUGGAACGGAAAUUAUUUUCCAAUCGUUUCAUUCUGAACAGAAUCACAAUGUUUUUUUGUUUCCUUCCACUGUUCGGACCAGCAAAAUAAUGUCCUGAACCGAUUCGAACCCCCCAAAAUAUUGGAUUAUAUCGUUCCUUUCUGUUCCUUUUUUAACCUGUGAAAUCAACCGUGUUUUACAUUUAGCUCAUUAAAUUACUUCGCCAAUCAGCGCGGAUAGAGCUGGCAAGCUAGUUGUUUACACGCGUGAUGUACAGACAACUGUAGUUUACAUCGCAAAAUGCGACUGAAAUUUUGUGGGUGGGGAGAGAGAGAGCAAGAGAGGGUUGAGGAGGAGUCUUGAAGCGCUGGGCAUCUUGUUAUGACAUGCAUGGUCUGAUUUAGGUCCAAGGAAUUGUACCGAGGAGAAGCGGCUUCUAUGGAGGAACUUUGAAUGUCUUUUGAGCUAGCUAGCUAACACGCUUGUGUGUGCAGAGCAGCACCAAAAUUAAAAACACGUCGUACCUUUUUGUAGUUUAUAAAUCCAAUGUGAAAUGUGAUAACUAGCAUUGAAAAAUUUUAUCCAUUCUUAUUUAGUUAUUUUAUGGUUUUCGGUUCUGUUACCUGAACUGGUUUCAACCACAGAUACAAUGUUUACAGUUACACAUUGUUUUACAAAUAUACAGUAUGUGUAACGGAUGUGGUCCGUUACAUAUGCAUCAUAAAUAAUUUCACCACAUGAGAGCAAUGGUGAACAAAGCAUUAAUAUUAACACAUGUUUAAUCUCGGUUACCCAGAAGUAGAAUUCUCUUUCCUGUAACGAGAAUCUGUCCACGAGAGAUUAACACAGAUUUAAAGGGAUUUUUCUGUUGACUAUAAACAAUAGCUAAUGUGGAAAUGUUUUUUCCUUAUUAACAAAGUUUUAAAACAAUAAAAAUAGAACGAAUAUCGUGUUAUGAUUCAGCAACUAUUUUGAUUCAAAUAUAAUCAAUUCACAUUUCCUGUGUUGUGUAAAAUACAAUAAACAUUCAAAUCAACACUC